AUGGCUGUGCGCCUCAAUUUAGAUGAGCCAGCAUCCUCGGGCGACAGCGGCGACGAGAGCGGCAGCGAACCCGAGUCGCCGAGUGAGAAGCGGGCGCAGGCACAGAGCCUCAGGGCCGAGUGGCUGGAGCAGACUGAGAGAGAACCUGCCGCCAGAUGCCUUCAAGGAGCGAGCCUUAGUCGCAGAGUGAGAAGCGGAUGCAGGCACAGAGCCUCAGGGCCGAGUGGCUGGAGCAGACUGAGAGAGAACCUGCCGCCAGAUGCCUUCGAGGAGAAGCGGAUGCAGGCACAGAGCCUCAGGGCCGAGUGGCUGGAGCAGACUGACAGAGAACCUACCGCCAGGAACGAACCCGAGUCGCAGAGUGUGAAGCGGGUGCAGGGGCAGAGCCUCAGGGCCGAGUGGCUGGAGCAGACUGAGAGAGAACCCGCCGCCAGGGACGUAUCUGAACCUCACGCGUCAACAUCCUCCACCACCCAAGAAGCUGAUAGCAGUAAAUCAAGCCAACCAUCUUUACCAAAACUCAUGCCCAAGAUUGACCUCCCUGGCGGUGCGAUGCUCUACCACACGGGGGUUCUAGCUGGACUGGACGGACUCGGCAAUAACAUGGGAAAUAUUGGCAACAUCGGGAACAUUGGCAACAUUGGACUUGGGAAUUUAGCAAUGGGAUAUCCACAUAGCUUUAUACUGGGACUAGCAAAUCAAGGACAGGAAGGUGCAUCAUCAUCAACCCAGCCGCAGUUUAUUACCAUACCGCUGUCAAUGGCGAUGGCCAACCCGACCGCCUCCACGUCCAAUGGCUGUCCAGUCGGUGCCUCUAGCGACGACAGCAGCGAGCUACAGGACCUCAGCACUGGGAGGAAGUGACAUGGGCUCCAAAGGAGCUACCACGGACGGCGUAUCGCUUAAAUAUAUUAUAGGAACCAAGUUACUGAAAAUUUGCUUACCAAAGUUAAUAUUUGGACUUGAUAUUACUGUAUAAUGUUUAUAAAUAAAUUGUUGUUAAUCAUCAACUAGUUAAUUUGUGCAAAUGAUAUACUCUGUAACAUAAUUAUGUAUUGCAUAGUACAAUAAUUGCUUCGUUAAAAUCACCAUGCUUGACGAAAUAUAAUUCACGAGAAGAUAUCUACAGAAUAUUUCAAUUAUACGGCAUUUUAUUACAAAUCUUUUUAAUUUUGA